GAAUGAUUGCAAUGUCGUUGUCGAAUGGUUGAUGGUUGAUACAUAAUGGAGGAAAGACGGCGGACGAGGAUGAAGGCCACGUGAAGACGUAACCAUGGCAACGCUUCCGACGGGAUGACCCCUCUCGCUCCAUAAGCGAGAAUUCAAUGACCAUGGACUCCAGCUGGCGCAGCGGACGAACCCCUCUACAGAUGUAGCUACCAUGUCGAUGUUCACUGCUCAGGUCCAUCCAGGACAGGCUUUAGGGUUCCUGGUCCUGGGAGCCUCACUUCACGAUAUCCUCACACGUCUCAAGGCCGAACCCCAGCGAUUUCCGAAGCUCGACGUGAUCUACGAACCUACCGCGCCAGUUCGAGAGCCUGUCAUUCUCAACCUUCCAACAAAUGGCAUCCGCUUACGAUUUGAUGGUCCUGAUCAACGUCUACGACUCAUCGAAGUGUUAGAUUUCACAAAGAACAAGCUCACAUACAAAGAUAGGGAUGUCCUGCGCCCAGCAACAACAGCCCCCGGAGGGCCCUCAGAGAACCCCUCGGGUCCUACGUUUAAGCACAUCUACAAGAACCUCAUAGGUCCUACGUUUCCUGGCGAAUACAUUCAGCCGGAGACAGGCAGCGAGUCUGGAAUGGGACUGUAUGUUCUAUCAUAUCCUGGGAUCGCGUUCUCUUUCCCAAUGCACAGCUCGUCGUGGUCGCCUGGAAAAGACGUCGUUUCGCUCCUCUCGUCGUCCGCUGGCCACCCUGCUGCAUCCAUGGCGAUUUUCAGUGGUGAUUCUUGGGCCGAUGCCAGAGAGAAUCUCUACACUCAGACCUUAGAUCCCCUCAAAAGCUUUCCUCCAUUUGCGAAGAGUCGCGAACCAGUCCCUGACGAAGUGAGUCUCGUACGUAUUUAUGGGGGAGGCCGUCUAGAGUUGGUCCGUCCGUCGAGCAAUGGUCCAUUCUGGAUGCAGCUUGGCGAGACAACUCAACAACAACUCGUAGCAGAGUUGGGUCCUCCUGAUGCAAUAUAUCGGAAGAAUGAUCAGAGGAUGUCUAUUCACAAGAAUCGGUCUGGCGGGAGCACCGGACGACGAGAUGGCAGCGAACACAGACAAGAUGAUUCCACGGAUACGGAUCAGUCGUCAGCGCAUACAGCAACGGACGAUUCGGAGAAUGACGAUGAAGAUGAAGAGGUUGUUGGAAACCUCUCAGGAGAAUGUUUCUAUAAUUACUUCUACCGUGGCUUCGACAUUCUGCUCUCUACUCCUACCACACCCUCACAACGACCUCCCUCCAAGGAAAGUAUUGGUUCCAGCGAUUCUGGCGACGCCGUUCCAACGGAUGCAUCCCCGCGCCUCGUUGCUUCUAAACUUAUCCUUCAUGGCAACGUUCCUGGUUCAUAUCCGUUCAAUCGACACCGAAGAUGUAGAUGGGAGAUUGAAUAUUUGAAUGAGAAGGGAGAAGAUAUUGUCAACUCCGAAUCACCAUUUAAGGAUAUUGAACGCCGGCUGCAGGAUGAAUGGAAGAGUAUCUACAGGAAUGCCGAGGAAGCGAAACAGUACCAACGGGGAAUGGUAUUGAAUCGCGACUGGGGAGAUAAUCCGGGUAGCAGCUGUGAAUUACUUGGAGGGUGGGAAGACAGUGUCGGUGGAACGAGGGCUGACACUGGGGAGAGACCCAAUGGGCUGGGCAACACCACCCUAUUUGGGUUUCCGGGUCUGGUGUUUGAGGUAUUGAAGAACGGCGCCGUGAGCGGGGUUACAAUUUUUUGAACUACUGAAACUUAUUAGACAAUUUGGGUGUUUCUUGGGUAGGGACCGGCAGAGGAGUUAUCAAGACUUGGAAUAUACGGAUAGUAUAUGGGAGUUGUCUAAUUGAUGAGACCAAGAAUAUAUACCCCUCAUAAACAAUGAUUUACCUGCC